AUGUCUUCUACAACAAUUUCCCACGUCUCCCUUCUCAAUUCACUCACAUAUUCCGAGUUCAUUGCAUCAAUAAACACCCUCUUUGAACCUGCUCCUCCACUUGCACAGCAGCUCUAUGCCAAGCGCCCAUUCUCUUCCUACGAUGAUCUGAUCAACAUUGCGGAAUCAAUAGUGCUUGGAAACGAAUUAAGUAUUGAAGAAAAGAAAGAGAUAGUAAACGCUCAUCCGAGGCUGGGUGAGAAAAAGGAGAAGUUAUCUACGUUUUCUUUGCGAGAGCAAGGGUAUAAUGGCGCAGGAAUGGGAGAGAAAGGAAUGGACAGAGCGAGCGGGGGGCAGAGCGCAACAAAUACAGAGAAUACAGUUGUUGAGGGUGACGAAGUAAAUGGAAGACUAAAAGAGUUAAAUAUGGAAUAUGAGAACAAGUAUGGCUUUCGAUUUGUCGUAUUUGUCAAUGGACGGUCAAGGAGGGAGAUUAUUCCAGUCUUCGAGAAUAGAUUAAGAAAUGGGAAUGAAGAAGAGGAAUUGGCCAUUGGAUUAAGGGACAUGAUCAGCAUUGCCAGAGAUCGGCUGAAGAAGGUCUCGGUUGAAUGA